UAGGGACGGACAAAUAGCUCCUGGACAAUUUGGAAAGCAGCUGAAGAUCCACUGACCUGAUUUGCUUGUUUUUUCCCCGGUGUCCGACGAGGAACUAGACGGGGAGGCGGCGGUAGACUUGACUAAGGGGGUCUGCAUGUUUGUCGUGUUACCGUUGUACGGCUCCUUAACGCGGCAUUUUUUGCAAAUGGCGGACGUUUUGUCGAGUUUUCCGUCGUUCUUUGAGAAUCCGUAGUGUUUCCAAACAUACCAUUUAAACGUGGCGGGUGGGUCAAAUACAGAAACUUCCCCGCUGCUGCUUGAGUGUGAACGUCCAUGCUGUUUUACUAGUAGUUGUACGUGCCUCGCGGCUUCCGUCCGUAUUCAAUACAAAACACGAAAUAAUGAUGGCGCAUUCAUGGCGCCUGGGGAACAGCAAAUGGGGUGAAGUUGAACAUUAAGAAAACGGCGCUUGCUUCGGAUUUUACCGAUACCCACAAUUUAAUUAAUAAUCGUUUUUUACUGAUUACGUCUAAUGACGUUUGAAAGACUAUGAAAAUAGAUUUGCUGAUACCUGCGAGACAAAACUGAGAAAUCAUAUUGACGGUUCACGCGGUCACGUGAUGACGCUACACUUAAAAACAUUACUCAUGUGACUCUUGCUUUCAUUUCCAACAUGGCAGCCGCCACUGUACGGAUGAUGCUGCUCAUUUACCUCAGUGAAAGUUUAAGUUUGCCUGUCGUCCGCCAGAAAGAGUCCGUGUGUGGGUACCAGUCAUGUCACGCCACCAAGCCCGGCAUGUUGAACGUCCACUUGGUCCCACACACGCACGACGAUGUGGGCUGGCUGAAGACGGUGGACCAGUACUUUUACGGAGAUCGUAACGACAUCCAACACGCGGGGGUGCAGUACAUUCUGGACUCUGUUGUGGACCAGCUGCUGAAGAACCCCGAACGCAGGUUCAUCUAUGUGGAGACAGCCUUCUUCUACCGCUGGUGGAGCCAGCAGAGCUCCAGCAUGCAGCAGACGGUCAAACAGCUCGUCAAUGAAGGCCGUCUGGAGUUUGUCAAUGGUGGCUGGUGCAUGAGCGACGAGGCCACCACCCACUACAGCGCCGUUAUCGACCAGAUGACCAUGGGUCUCAGGUUCCUUAAUGAGACGUUUGGACCUUGUGGACGUCCCCGGGUCGCCUGGCACAUUGACCCCUUUGGACACGCCCGUGAGCACGCCUCCAUGUUUGCACAGAUGGGCUAUGAUGGCUUUUUCUUUGGUCGUGUGGACUACCAGGACCGGCUUCGGCGGAUGCUAGCAAAGGAGCAGGAGCUUCUGUGGAGGGCUUCCGACAGCCUCGCCCCACCGAUGGCCGACCUCUUCACCGGGAUCCUUCCUAAUGGGUACAACCCCCCUGAUGGAUUUUGCUGGGAUCAGUCAUGUGACGACCCACCGAUCAGAGACGACCCUAACCUAGAGGAUUACAACGUUGACGAUGUGGUUGAACGCUUCCUCAAUAUUGCAAACAGCCAAGCGCUGGUGUACAAGACGGAUCACAUCAUCAUGACCAUGGGCUCAGACUUCCAGUACGAGAACGCCAACCUGUGGUACAAGAACCUGGACAAGCUGAUCCACUACGUCAACGCGCAACAGUCCAACGGAAGUCGAGUCAACCUGCUUUACUCCACGCCUUCGUGUUACCUUCAAGAGCUUCACAGAGCCAACCUAUCCUGGGCUCUGAAAACUGAUGACUUCUUCCCUUAUGCUGAUGACGCUCAUGACUUCUGGACCGGCUACUUCAGCAGCAGGCCGGCGUUGAAACACUACGAGAGGCUCAGCAACAGCAAUCUGCAGACUUGUAACCAGCUGGAGGUUCUGGGCGGACAAGCCUCCAGGAGUGGACACUUUGGCAAGGGGGACAGUCACACCUUGAGGAGAGCCAUGGCGGUGGCCCAGCACCAUGACGCCGUCUCGGGCACCGAGAAGCAACACGUGGCCAACGACUACUCCAGGAGGCUGGCCAACGGAUGGCAACAUUGUCAAGUUCUGGUCAGCAACAGUCUGGCCGUCCUCAGCGGCUCGACGGCCGAGCGGAUCUACUGCAACAACCUCAACAUCAGCCUGUGUUCUCUCACGGAGUCCAGCAAGAAGUUCUCCAUCAACGUGUUCAAUCCCCUGGCUCGCCCCGUCACCUGGCCUGUCAGGCUUCCUGUCAACGGGAGUGCGUAUGUGGUUUCUGACGCUCGGGGCAAGACUGUGGACUGUGAGGUGGUUCCGGUGUCUCAAGCCACGCAGAACGUGAGGGGGAACCGAGGCUUUGCUGUCAACGAGCUCCUCUUCCAGGUCCAAGCCCCGCCACUGGGCUUCAGUACUUACUCAGUGUCCCUGCUUCAGGAUGGUCCUCCAGCAAACUUCAAGCGGUACAACGGACCUAAAUCCAUCUGGAACAAGUAUCUACAAGUGACAUUCGACCCAGACACCGGCCUGCUGAGCAGCCUGGCCAACUUGGAAACCAAACAGAACAUCCGUCUAGUGCAGAACUUUUACUGGUACAACGCCAGCGAUGGCAACAACUCUGCGAGCAACCAACCGUCAGGAGCUUACAUCUUUAGACCCAACUCCUCCACGCCGUUUGUCGUCAGCAAGACCGCCAAGACGGAAAUUAUUCAGACGUCCGUGAUGCAGGAAGUGAGGCAAUGGUUCGCUCCCUGGGUGUCGCAGGUGGUUCGUCUCCAUGCAGACAGUCGGGUUCUGGAGCUGGAGUGGACCGUGGGCCCCAUCCCCAUCGACGACGACCUGGGCAAGGAGGUGAUAACUCGGUUAGACACGGACAUCGAGUCCUCUGGGAUCUUCUACACAGACUCCAAUGGAAGAGAGGUUCUGCAGAGGAAGAAAGACUUCCGCCCCACUUGGCACCUGAAGCAGUCGGAGCCCAUUGCCGGGAACUACUACCCCAUCAACUCUCGUGCCUUCAUUAAGGACGAUGAGGACCAACUCACUGUGGUGACAGAUCGCUCCCAAGGUGGCGGAAGCAUCCGGAAUGGCUCUCUGGAGAUCAUGCUCCACCGCCGUCUUUUGUAUGACGACGUUCGUGGAGUCGCCGAGCCCCUCAACGAGACCUCUGACAUCUUCCCGGACGGUCUUGUGGUCCGAGGACGCCUCCUGCUCUCUCUCGACUGCCCAGCCAAAGCGGCAGACACGCACCGCCCCCUAGCGCAGGGGAUGGUACUGCAGCCCCUGCUUACGUUCACCGAAGGAGACCUCCACCCGAACACUCGACUGGAGUUCUCAGGACUACAGGCUGCACUGCCCCCUGCUGUCCACUUGCUGACACUGAGUCAGUGGGACGAGCAGCUGGUCCUGCUGAGGCUGGAGCACCAGUUUCAGAGCUGGGAGAGCAAAGUCAACUCGCAGCCGGUCACCAUCAACCUGCAGAAGCUCUUUUUCACUCUGGAGGUUCUGGGUGUGUCCGAGUUGAACCUGUCAGCCAAUCAGUGGAAAGAUGAGAUGACUCGUUUUGAUUGGACACCACAGACAGGUGAGAAGCCACUGAACAAAAAGCUUGAGGACGCGUCCCUGUUGGAGGUCACCUUAAGCCCGAUGGAGAUUCGAACCUUCCUGCUCAGAGUGGACCUACGAUAAUCUUAGGAACGCUCCGCUUCCAUCAGGAGUGUUUCUUACAAAUCGUUUGACCUCCAUCUUGUGUGUUUAUCAAUGGGCAGCUCUAUUGUCACAGCCACCAUCUUCCUUUGUGCCUUUUGGAGAUGACAAACUCCACAACACCACAAAACUUCUUGGGACACGUCUCUCUCAAAGCGGUGUUGGUGUGAGCCAAGAUUCUUUACCUGACGAGACCUUUGCACACACAAAUGCUUUUAUAUUGAUCAAUAAACUCAAUAAGUCUUA